AUGCAAUCUACAUAUAUUUUUUCCCUCUUUAUUAUUUUGGCAAUUAUUCAAACGAUAUUCUCAUUUGAAAUCAUCAAUGAUGAACAAAACGAAGAUAAAUCCGAUGAAACUCGACAAAUUUCGUCAUCAUUAUUAAAAAAACAAGAAAAUAUGCCGGAAUGUUUAUCUAAAAGUCAAUUUUUAAACAUGUUAAAUCGAGAUCGACGUGCAUCAAUAUCUCGUCCCUAUUUUCAACAUCGAAGACCAUCUCGUGAUAAUAAUCGUUAUCCAACUAAAAAUUCAUUAGCAUUUUCUCCUCGUUUAGGUAAACGAGCAUAUGAAGACGAAAAUGAAUUUGCAACUCGAUCGGUUGAUCUUGAUACAUUUCUUGUAACACUUGUUGGUCAUUUACAAGGGAAAAAAAUUGAUAUUGUUUAUGAAGAUUCAACAAAAAUUUGUUUAUCCCAAUCAAUUAGUGAUACACUUAUACAACAAGUUCUCGACAAAUUUGAUACAAAUCGACGCAAUCAAGACAUACAAGAAAAAGAAGAAAUACGUACACGACAACAAUCAGCAAAACAUCCAGUUUUAUUUCGUUAUCGUCUUGGUUAA